UUUUCUUCAAUUAAUCGAAGCCAAAUCAUUUCAAAAUGCGUAAAUUUGCAUUCAUUUUUUAUAUGUUCAUGGCAUUCAUGUCAUUAGAAUAUGAAUUAAGUUUAAGUGAUGAUUGUCCAAAUUGUUUUGCCAUAAGUCAAUUUAAUGGUGGUAAUAAUUAUAAUUAUUAUCAACAACAACAACAACAACAGUCACCAUAUUAUCCUCAAACGAAUCGUGAUCAAAGACAAUAUGAAUCGGCAAUUAAUUUACAAUAUUUACAUCCACCACAAAAUAAUUAUGGCCAUCUUCAUCAUCAACAACAACAUCAACAUAAUCAUCAGCCACAAAUUCAUUCUUCAUUAUUGAAGCCGGCGCCACAGCCACAACAGCCGCCAUCAUUAUCGCCUCCAAAAUAUCGUCCAAUUAUAAUGGCAUAUCAUCCACGUGUAAACAAUAGACAUAUGCCAUUUUUUACAAGAAAUUCCGAUCAUUUAUUAGAUGAUAAUCCAACGAAUUCGAAUGAAGAAUCUGAUUCGAUUAUAAUGGAUGAUAAUGAUCAAACGAAUACAGAUGAUACAGAACAGCAUCAGAAUCAACAACAACAGCAACAACAGCAGCAACAACUGCAUCAACAACUACAAUCAUUUGUACGCAUUCCACAGAAAUCUGUUCGUCAAAAAAUAUCCAGCGAUCAUCAAUAUUGGCCACCAUUGAUUAAUCAUACAUUUGGAAAUAUUCCUGAAAAUUUUGCAACAACAACAACAACAACGCUGCCACCGCCACCGAUAUAUUCCCUUGAUGAUUAUGAAGAAGAAUUUCAAAAUCAUGAUAUGAUGUAUACAGCAACAUCAUCAUCAUUAUCACCAUCACCAUCACCAUCAUCAACGACAACAACAACAGUAAAACCAAAUUAUCGGCCUAGGCCUGUUUCGGUACGAUUACCAACAACCAGUCCACGGCCAUCAUUAUUAGCCAAAAAUAAUGCCGAACAACAAUUUUCUUCUUCUUCUUCUUCUUCGGAUCAUCAAACAAAUUCAAACAAUAGAAUAUUGAGCCAAGUUGAAAAUCCAAUUGAUAGUAAUAAUAUUGAAAAUAUUAAUUUGGAAAAUAAUAAUAAUGGUGGUAGCGGAAGAUAUGGUGCUGGUCAAUUUAAGCCAAGACGAAAUGGUCCAGGAAGACAAAGAAGACGACAAAGAACUACAACAACAUCGUCAACAACAACAACAUCAACGACUACAACAACAACAACUGAACAACCAUAUUAUGAUUAUGGUGAUUAUUAUGAUUAUGAUCAAGAUGAUUAUGAUGAUGAUGAUUAUGAUUAUCUUGCAACAACAACAACAACAACUACAACUACAAGGAGACCACGAGAUAGACAUAAUCAUCAUCGUGGUAGAGGACAUCGUCGACGUGGUGGAGGAAGAAGAAGAUAUCAUCAUCAUCAUCAUCAUCAUCGUGAUGAUGAUAUUGAACUAUUACCACAUCGAAAACAACAAGAACCAUUAAAACCAACUGAACCAUCAACAACAACAACAACAACAACAUUAUCACCAAAUUAUAAACCAAGACCAGAUGGACGUAUAAUUGAUUAUAAUGCUGAUCCAAAUUUUCCAUAUGAAUUAAAAGGUGCUGAUCUUACUGAUUAUCCAUUUUAUAUAUCGAUACCAGAAACAGAUUUUAAUUGUAAAGGUCGUCAUGAUGGUUAUUAUGCUAAUAUUGAUUUAAAAUGUCAAGUUUAUCAUCAUUGUGCUAUUGGUCAUCAACGUUAUGAUUUUCUUUGUCCAAAUUAUACAUUAUUUGAUCAGACAACAUUUACUUGUCGUUUUAUAAAUACAGUUGAUUGUGAUGCAUCUGAAAAUCAUUAUAAACGUAAUAAUGAUUUAUAUGUUCAAAGUACAACAAAUGGACCAAAUAAUUUAUAUGGUUCUUAUAAUCAUCCACCACCCCAAUCAUCAUCAUCAUCAACACCACCACCGGUAAAACCACCCGCAUCAUCAUCAUCUUCAUCAAACAAUCAUGAUCAUCUACAGACAUCAGGUUCGGAUUCUUCAUCAUCACAAUCACCAAAUAAUAAUAAUGAUGAUGAUGAUAAUUAUAGACCAAAUCAAUUGCCAUUAUUACGAUUGAAUAAACGGCCACAACAACAUAUCAAUUAAUUAAUUUUUUUGCUACAUCAAUUGCUCCAUUCAAUCAAAAUGUUGUUGU